GACGAGGCGACGAUGGUGUGGUUCCUUCGCGACCGGAAGCUCGACGCGGACGCGGCGUCCGCGAAGCUCAUCAACUUCCUGAGAUGGAGGAAAGAGUUGGGCGCGAUCACGGACGAGGACGUGCGAUCGUCGUUGGAGCAAGGCGCGGCGUACGUCCACCCGCACCUGGACAAGGAAGGCCGCGCGUGCAUCGUCGUCGAGGUCGCGAAACACGUCAUCAAAGACCGCGACUUGGAGAUCUCGAAAAAACACGCCGUGCGAGCGGUCGAGCAGUGCAUCGAGAUGAUGGAGGCCGCGCCGAACGGCAGCGAGAGCAUAUACGCGGUGUGGGACAUGCAAGGCUUCUCCGGCGCGAACGCGGACUUGGACCUCGCGAAGUUUUGCAUCCUGGACGUGUUUCGCGAGUAUUACCCCAAGCGGCUGUCGCAAGUCGCGGCGAUCGACUCGCCGUGGACGUUCAAGCCGGUGUGGACGAUUUUGAAGCCGCUGAUCGGGAAGUACAGCAGCGUGGUGCAGUUCGUCACCGCGAAGGAGGUG